GGUUAGAAGUCGUUGAUUGGGCUUUUGCCCCUAUUACAUACAUCUUUCUUAUUUCCUAAUACUGAGACUCCUGCUAUCCAAAUCCGAGUUUCUUCCCACGCUCACCUUCCGGUGGUGGUCCGGGCAAGGUUGUCACUUGUAGAAGGAAAUUAAGAGGUUUCUCAGGGCCUAUAUAUACAACUCUUCUAGGAGUCCGGCCCUGGACCUCUGAUAUUGACUACGAUCAACACAGCUGCAACAUUCGGAGAAACUAUGGCGAGCAUACGAGAUUUGCUGUUGCCAGUCGACGACAUGAUGUCUAUAGAUACAGCGGUAAAAGAGGAGGAAGAAGUGACUAAGACCAAUGGUGUAUCCGAGACGACGAAGUUCGCGGUCGAAUUUAUCCUAGACGUUAUCUGCCCAUACUGUUAUGUCGGAUUUAAGAACCUAAAGGCUGCUAUGGAGACGUAUAGAGCUCGUCAUCCUGACGCAACCUUCGAGAUCGUCUGCUUGCCGUUUCUACUCCACCCUCUGGCAGCUCGAAGUGCAUACGAUAAAUCCGACUACCUCAUCUCCCGAACCCGAAGCCCCGAGUACUGGGCUAGUCUCGGCGAGGCAGCCGGGAUAAACUUUGCCUGGACGGGCCGCACGGGAAGCACGCGGGACGCGCACAAGCUCCUGCGCUUCGCGCUCGAGCGCUCUCCCACGCCCCCCCGCGGCGGGCGCAGCGGCUGGGGAGCACCCACGCCGUCUUCCUCACCGCGACCGCCGUCAACCGCCAUAAACGGCAGCACGUCGGCCCACGGCCCGGCCCCGCAGCUGCGCCUCCUCGAAGCGCUCUUCCGCGCGCACCACGAGUCCGACGGCGACAUAUCGGACGCGUCGACCCUAGCGGCGAUCGCGGCCGCGACGACGGGGUUCGCGACCGCGCACGUCCGGCGCGUGCUGGUGGACGCGGGCGGGGAGUGGGGCCGCGCGGUGGAGGCGCUGGUCGCGCAGGUGUCGUCGCCGCGGGGGCUGGCGGUGCGCGCGGUGCCUACGAUGGUGGUGAACGACCGGUACGUGAUUGGCGGGGUGCAGAGCGCGGAAUUUUUGGCCGAGGAGUUUGAGAGAAUACGGAGGGGGGGUGGGGCGAGGUAGGAUAGGAGUAUGUAUAUGGCUUUGGGGGAUGAUGAAUGAGGAAGUCAUGAAGGGAAUACGAAUGAGCUAUAGGUCUAGGUAUGUAUACCUGGUACCUUAUAACAGGUACCUAA